AUUUCAUUUAGAAUCAGUUUGCAUUAUUGGUAAAUAAAAGAGAAUAUUUGACUUAAAAUGCCUCUAACGGAUCUAACAGAUUCCGAUGGGAACCAUUUUAAGGUGUUGGAGGUUGAUGGAUAUUAUUUGCCUAAUUUCGGUUAUGAAAGCCAAGAAAGUGACUUUCGGAAAAGGGUUGAUUACUGGCAGGCCAGAGAUGACGACAUUAUAAUCUGUAACUACCCGAAAUCAGGAACACAUUGGAUCUGGGAAAUAGUACAGAUGUUAUACAGACAAAAAGCAGAGUUUGUUAAAGUCACUAAAGACGAUUGGAUGAUAGAAUGUAUCCCCAAGGAAAAGUUUGACGGUCUAACCUCGCCUAGGAUACUUAACUCUCAUCUUUACCUCUCGAUGCUACCUAAAGAUUUUGUUAGACGUAAAUGUAAAAUUAUUUAUACAGUACGAAAUCCAAAAGACGUAGCUGUGUCAUUUUAUCAUCACCAUAGAAACAUACUGAUGUAUGAAUAUACUGGAUCUUGGAACUCUUACCUCGAAAGAUAUUUGAAAGGAGAAAUUGAUUAUAAGUCUUGGUUUGAUUAUGUACGUGAUUGGUGCAAGGUUUUGGAGGAAAACAAAGACUAUCCUAUACAUGUCAUACAUUAUGAAGAUAUGCACACGAAUAACACAAAGGAAAUAAAGAGAUUGUCAGAUUUUCUGUGUAUAAAGUGUGAUGAUCAAUUAAUUGGUGAAAUAGGAAUAAAAUGUCAAAUAGAAAACAUGAAGAGAGAGAAAAUACAGAACGAUGAGGACUGGAGAGACAACACUGCAGGAAUGUAUAGAGAAGGAAAAGUAGGAGGAUGGAAGAAUGUAUUCACGGUGACACAGAAUGAAUUGUUUGACAAAGUGUAUGAAAAGAAUAUGACAGGUGUAGACAUGAACCUUCGUUUUAAUCUAUGACAAAUAGACAAGAAAUAGUUAUAGCGUUUCCUAGUAGUUACUACCAUUCAUUUUAGUAGUUUGGUAAUUUGUUUUCUGAAUUGAAACUUGGGAUAUUAAAAAGUUAUAAAACAGUAUUGGAACUGUCGGAGGACUAGUUUA